AAUGGAAUUUUAUUAUUGUCAGUUUCUGGUUUUUAAGGUUGGUGAACAUGGUACCGGUAAGGCGUAAGGGUUGUGUUACUUUGAGGAUGAUAACAAGUUUUACGUAUUUUUUAGUAUUUUUAGAUAUUUUUUGGUAUUUUAAAGUACUUUCAGGUAUUGUUUGGUGUUCCCACUUUUCCAGGUAUUUACGGAUUGAACCAAAUUACCAAACAGAGGAAAAGUGUGGGGGUAGUUUACAAAUUGUAGCUACUCAACCCAGGUGGUACCGGCAGUUGAAAAAGAAAAAUGGCGGCGCUCAUAAGUUGUAGGUUAUUGAAUAAUACAAAUUUUAUAUUUUCCAGUAUUAAAGAUAUUCGAUUGAAAAAUGUCCUGCAUCGAUUUUGUUAUUCAACGACAAAUACAACAGAUGACAGUAAAAGAAUUGAAAUUUCAUUACCUGACAACAAAACAAUGUCGAUAUCGACUGGAAAAUAUGCUCGUUUCGCUGAUGGAUGUGCGGUUGUGAAUUCAGGGAAUACAGACGUUCUUGUCACGGCUGUUAGUAAAAAUUUUGCCUCGAAUUCGCAGAAAUCUUUUACACCAUUAAUUGUUGAUUAUCGUCAAAAAGCAGCUGCCGCUGGACAUAUACCGACGAAUUUUUUACGCCGUGAACUUGGACCAAGUGAACAUGAAAUACUCACGAGUCGUUUAAUUGAUCGCUCGGUGAGACCACUAUUUCCAUCGGGUUAUAAUUACGAAACGCAAAUAAUUUGCAACAUGCUGUCAAUCGAUGGUAUCAAUGAUCCCGAUAUUCUGGCAAUAAAUGGCGCAUCGGCUGCACUUGCACUCUCCGAUAUACCAUGGAAUGGUCCUGUGGGUGCCGUGCGCGUUGGAUUUAUUGACAAUGAAAUUGUUUAUAAUCCAACGCGUCGCGAAUUGCAGGGGAGUAUUUUAAAUUUAAUUGUCACUGCGACGAAGAACAGUAACGUUGUUAUGCUCGAGGGUUUUGCUGAUAAUAUUUUUGAUCAGGAUUUAAGGAAGGCAAUUAAGAGUGGAGUGAGUAAGUGUCAGGGUAUUAUUUCGUCUAUUGAGGAUUUACGGAAAACACACGGCAAGGAGAAACGCGUUGAGGAGAGAAUUGAAGAGAAUUAUGACGAGCUAUACGAUUCAGUGAAAUCGUUGGCUGAAUUAAAAUUACGUGAAGUUUUUACGGACACGCGUCAUGAUAAAAUGUCGAGGGACAAUGCUGUGAAUAUUGUACGACAACAGACACUCGAGAGUAUGAAGAAGAGUUUUGAGAAUUUAGAUCUUACAUUGGUCGUGGAAAUUUUUGCCAAAAUCACGAGAGACAGUUUUCGUGAUUUAAUUUUUGAGAAUAAUGUCAGGUGUGACGGACGACAAUUGGAAGAUAUUAGGAAUAUUAAUUGCGAAGUUGAUCUUUAUAAAGUUCUUCACGGUUCCGCACUUUUUCAGCGAGGACAGACUCAAGUUUUUUGUACAGUAACUCUUGAUUCGUUGGAAAGUGCAAUGAAAAUGGAUACAAUUUCAACUAUGACUAGCGGAGUAAAACAGAAGAAUUUCUUCCUUCAUUAUGAAUUUCCCCCUUUUGCUACGAAAGAAACGGGAAAAACGGGAAUUGGACGACGAGAAAUGGGUCAUGGUGCUUUGGCCGAGAGAGCUUUACGUCCAGUUAUUCCACACGAUUAUCCAUUUACAAUUCGCCUCACGAGCGAAGUCUUUGAAUCGAACGGAUCGUCAUCAAUGGCUUCAGUUUGUGGAGGUUCAAUGGCUUUAAUGGACGCUGGAGUUCCAAUUCAAUCGUCCGUCGCCGGCGUUGCCAUUGGUUUAGUUACAAAAUACAAUGAAAGUAAAACCGAAAUCGAAGAUUAUCGAAUACUCACCGAUAUUUUAGGUAUAGAAGAUUAUAUGGGCGACAUGGACUUUAAAAUUGCCGGUACAAAAAAUGGAUUCACGGCAUUGCAGGCCGAUAUAAAAAUUCCAGGACUACCAUUGAAAAUUGUUAUGGAGGCAUUGACGCAAGCAGCAAAAGCAAAGACGAUAAUUCGCGUAAAAAUGCAUGAGGCAAUUAGCGAAUCGAGACGCGUUCCCAAAGACAAUAUGCCAGUGACUCAAAUUCUUGAAGUUCCCGUUCAUCAACGCGGUAAAUUACUAGGCAUUGCCGGCGGUAAUUUAAAGAAAAUUUACUUCGACACUGGUGUACAGGUGAAUCCGCAGGACGAGACGCAUUACACGCUGUUCGCGCCAAAUCAAACGGCAAUGAACGAGGCGGACGUUAUAAUUCGCGGUAUUUUAGAACAUGAGCGUGAGCCAACAUUGGAAUUUGGCGGUAUUUAUACGGCGAAAAUUGUCGAAAUUCGUGAGUCGGGCGUUAUGUUGAAAUUAUUUGACAGCAUGUCGCCAACAUUGUUACACAAUUCACAAUUGGACGUGCGCUUUAUUCGUCACCCGAGUGCACUUGGUUAUGAGAUUGGACAGGAAAUUCAAGUGAAAUAUUUUGGCAGGGACCCGGUCUCAGGUGAAAUGAGACUCUCGCGAAAAGUUCUGCUUCCCGCUUCAGCUGUGGUUCGAACAAUUUCCUAAUAUUUACAUAAUUAACUAGUUUCGCUUUUUAACAAAAAGGACAUUUUUUGUUAAACAAUUAUGCGAAAAUUUGUUUAAAAAUUCAACAAAUUUGGGGAAAAAUUUUUUUUUUCCACAAAAUUGGUGAGAAAAUGAUUUAUUCGAUUUUUUUGGACUUGGGAAGAAAUAGAAACGAAAAUAAUUGUUUUUACUUGAGUGGAAUUAUUUUUAGAGUUGAAAAGAAAUUAAAUUUCUUUUUAUAGAUUGAAAAGUGAAGGAUGAGAUGUUUAUUUAACUUUGAGAGAGAAGUUUUCUUUGAAAGAAUUUUUUUUAUAGAGGAUUUCUCUUUGAGAGAAUUUUGUUUAAGAGAAUUUCUCUUUUAGUUAAAAGUAAAUUUUUGCACUUAAAAGGUCAAUUAAUUCAUUAGAAGUAAAUCUUUCAGUUGAAGGAAAAUUAUUUUUAAAUAUUUUACUUAAAAUAUAAAUUUAUUAUUUAAAAGUAAAUC